GCCGCUGGCAGCGCCGCCUGAACUGAGGCGAACUCCGCCGCCAAGUGAGUGAGGAGGAGGAGGAGGAGAAGGAGGAGGAGGAGGAAGAGGAGGAGCGCAGUCAGAGCGCGGCGGCAGCGGCAGAGGCGCCGCGGCGGGGACCAGCCCAGAGAGACCCCGAGCCCGCGGCACAGGCGGCGGCGGCGCUGAGCGGGCGCGACCAGCCGUGCGAGCGGCGGCCCCGGGUCCUCCUCGUCCGGCGCCAGCGGCCCGCGCCCGCACUCGGCCCGCCGAGACCCGCCUCCCGCCCGCCGGCCUCGUGAGGGACGCGCCGAGCCGGCGGCCGAGGAGCGGCGGCGCCGGGAGCGCGUCGGGCCCGGGCGGAAAGUGCCUGCGGGGGGCGGGCGAGCGCGCGGUGCCGGCCGGCCCGGGGCUCGGCGCGGGAGCCGGAACCGGAGCGGGAGCCGGCGCGGAGUGGGACGCCGAGUCCCGAGCGGCCGGCGGCCGGGGCUCGCCCCCGCCCCUCCCUCCUCUCCGGCGGCGGCGGCGGGAGGAGUGAGCUGCGGAGCCUGGAAUAUGGUCGGGGAAAUGGAAACGAAGGAGAAGCCGAAGCCCACCCCAGAUUACCUGAUGCAGCUGAUGAACGACAAGAAGCUCAUGAGCAGCCUGCCCAACUUCUGCGGGAUCUUCAACCACCUCGAGCGGCUGCUGGACGAAGAAAUUAGCAGAGUACGGAAAGACAUGUACAAUGACACAUUAAAUGGCAGUACAGAGAGAAGGAGUGCAGAGUUGCCUGAUGCUGUGGGACCUAUUGUUCAGUUACAAGAGAAACUUUAUGUGCCUGUAAAAGAAUAUCCAGAUUUUAAUUUUGUUGGGAGAAUCCUUGGACCUAGAGGACUUACAGCUAAACAACUUGAAGCAGAAACAGGAUGUAAAAUAAUGGUCCGAGGCAAAGGUUCAAUGAGGGAUAAAAAGAAGGAGGAGCAAAAUAGAGGCAAGCCAAAUUGGGAGCAUCUAAAUGAAGAUUUACAUGUACUGAUCACUGUGGAAGAUGCUCAGAACAGAGCAGAAAUCAAACUGAAGAGAGCAGUCGAAGAAGUGAAGAAAUUAUUGGUACCUGCAGCAGAAGGAGAAGACAGCCUGAAAAAGAUGCAGCUGAUGGAGCUUGCGAUUCUGAACGGCACCUACAGAGAUGCCAACAUUAAAUCACCAGCCCUUGCCUUUUCUCUUGCAGCAACAGCCCAGGCUGCUCCAAGGAUCAUUACUGGGCCUGCGCCUGUUCUCCCACCAGCUGCUCUGCGUACUCCUACGCCAGCUGGCCCUACCAUAAUGCCUUUGAUCAGACAAAUACAGACCGCUGUCAUGCCAAACGGAACUCCUCACCCAACUGCUGCAAUAGUUCCUCCAGGCCCCGAAGCUGGUUUAAUCUACACACCUUAUGAAUACCCCUACACAUUGGCACCAGCUACGUCAAUCCUUGAGUAUCCUAUUGAACCUAGUGGUGUAUUAGGUAUGGCUUUCCCAACGAAAGGCUAAGAAUUCAAGAACGGUCUUAACUGAACCCUCAUCAGAUCUGAAUUUAACAAAUGCUUAGUCUCAGCAGCCUCCGGGGGAAAAAAAGCUUAGCCUAGCAGUCAGUGACUUACUUGCACUUUUUGCACAUAGUUAUAAAGUUAUGUUAUUAAUUUGGUUUAGUCUGUAAUAUUACAAAGUAAUGGUAAUUUAUAAAGGAGUGUAUAGUAGUAUACUGACUGCUAAGUGUACUAUACUGUUUGCUUUACUAAUCACCUAAUUCAUUGCAGUUCAUACUUAUUGACUCAAAGUUUAAAACCACAAUCUGUAGGCUUUAAGAAUUGCUUUUAAACCUUUUUAAGUGAUAAACUCUGAAAGUGGUCUUAAGGUUAGCAAAUAAUUGUCAGUAUUAAACAUGGCAUUAUUUAAGUAGUCCUGCAAGAAAAGGCACUUCAGUGAAUAUGUGACUAGUAAAGCUUAAAUAUGUUUGGAUCUAAUAGAGUUCAUGAAAUACUGUAAUUUGGGGCUUGUAAAUGAAUGGCUGAAAUAGGUUAAGGCCUAGACGUUUGAAAUGAAUGCAAUAUUAAUAGACGCAUAUAUACGUGACAUUAUGGUUAAUUUUAAAACUACUGUGCCUUAACGUGUUUCUUAAACUUUUGUAGUAAAUGAACAGUUGAAAUCCAUCUUGAUAAACCUGCUGUUAAUGUUUUUUCCCCUUGUGAAUGUUUUCUAACUUUGUCUUGGUAAUUACAAUUUAACUAGGUGCGGUGGCUACUAAAGUUCGAAGGCACGAUAUGCGUGUCCAUCCUUACCAAAGGAUUGUGACCGCAGACCGAGGUUAGUUUAGUUCUGCAGUUCUUGUUUAUAAGAAAUUGUGUUGGGUGUUUGUAAAAUUUGCAACACCACACCUGAUGGAAAAAUGUAACUGCUUGCCUGCAGAAUUUCUUUUCCUUUUCUAAAUUCAUUUGUAAUAAUUGACAGAUGUAAGGGUUGGGUUUUUUGUUUUUUUCUCCCGUUAUAUUUUAACUUAUUAAAUCUUCUAUUAUAAUACUAUGAUUUAUUCCUACUAAACAUGAAUUAGUCAAUUUGGAAAGCUAUUAAAUUUUGAUGUUGCCAUAAUUAUUUUUCAAUAACUUUUGCUAAAAUUUACCUUUUAAUUAUUCUAAAAUUUGGGGUUGGUAUUGCUAAAUGAAUUGAACAGAUGGUGCUUUAAAGAGAGAAGUAAAGGAAUAUAUGCCUCCUGUAUACUUUUUGGAGAAACUGAAGAUUUAGUUUCCUUUUUUUUUUUUUUUUUUAUAUAGUAAAGUAUUUGAGCCACUUUGUAAACUUAAAGGUUGUACAUGUUUAGCACUUAGCUGAAAUAAACAGGAAGGACUGUGAAGGUAACUUUUAUGUAGUUGAAUUUUUUUUAUACAUUAGAAAGUCUCAAUUCCCUUUUAUUCUUACAUUCUCUUGCCAAAAUGGAUCCUUUGAUUUUUGUCAUUUGCUGCUAAAAUAUAUUAUCUGAAGGUAAACUAUCUCUUGAAGUUCUGUGGUGAUAAGAGAUCCAGCUGUUUGAAUAUCCUUUUUGACUAACCUGUGACUGGAAAAUAAGUCUUCAUUUUUCUCCUUUACAACAUUUGUAAUUUGUGUCCUGUAUAUGCCCUUGGACCCUUUUAUAAAUUAUUUAUGCUUAUCGAGGAGUGAUAUUUUCGGUUUAUUGGCAUUGAAUUCUUUUCUCAGUUUUUUAUCACAAGGUGUAGGAAUCUCAAGCAUAGUAGAAAAGGAUUUUUUUGUAAGUUUCUAUAAUGGCAUAUUACCUACUAAUUAAAUUGAUCAAGCCAUUGAUACUAGUGGGGAAAAAGUGGUGAAUUUAUACCCAGUCAUACAUCUUCUAUGGAUUUAUGAAAGACUUUCUAGUUUCCUUGAAUAGACACAACUGUUCCCCACAUCAGAAAUAAAAUGUCUUCCCAAAGACAUUAUUGAUAUUUAUUUAGUAUCAUACCUAAUUAAAGAGCCUUGAAGACUUCUAAACUAGUACACAUUACUUGUGAUUUUUCAAUGAACACAGUAGACCCCCAGCUCCGUGACUGUCCGUGGAGAUAAUACUUCUUGUGUUAUGUACAAGCGUGUAGGCCACUUCUCUUGAGUCAGACCAUGUUGUCUAGGGAUGGGGACAUUUUUUUAAAAGUCACUUUAGUUUUAAAGAAACUGGAUAACUUUUUGAAUAAUUUGAAUCUUUAUUUAUAUUGCUAGUAUCUAAAAUAGUUCUAAAGAAUAUUUAAAGUAGUUACACUAGUUUUUUUUCCCCUGUUAAUCUUUCCCUAUAUGUCCCAUUUCAGAUUUCUUACAAUUUUGUUUUAACAGAGUAAUUAUUGGCUUGUGUAAUACUGUACUUCCUUGAGAUAUUUGAAAAUAUCAAAGGAAUAUUUUAUUAUAUUUGGAAAAUUACAACACAUUCCAUGCAUGGCUUUUGUAGUUAUAUGUGUUUUGAUUAGUCCUGUCAUUGUUUUUAUUCAGAAUGCAAUGUCAGCAAACCGAAAUGCUAACUUUUUUUUUAAAUAACAGAUUACUUGUAUUCUUAUUAUCACUGUAUGUACUCACUGGGUCUAAGGGAGAUGUCUGAAGUCCUUCAAACUUAAAUUAUUUUAUGAUACUACUGUUUUCUCUACUUUUGAGGUUUUUAAAAAUAUUUUUCAAAAGAAGAUUAUUAUGAGCAUUUGUUUAAUGCAAGGAAACUCAGCCCUUGGAACAUAUAACCAUGUAAUUCUAUAUGAGCAAUUAGAGUACUACAUGGUUGACUGAUACUUAGUUCUUUACUAAAAACAUACCCACCUCUAUACGUAUUUUAAAACUGAAUUUGAAGCCUGAAAAAGACCACUGACUUUUUAGUUACAAGGAACUAUAAAUGGUUUUGCACGGUCAACAUACCUGUGUGUACUACUGUAGGUGGCCAGGACUUGGCAGAGGAUGGAUUCUAGGUGCAGUGGUAUACAUAUAUAUAAAUGGUAGUUUGGUUUGCUUAUAUAUUCCACACUCUAAAAAACAUAAUUAGAAAUUUUUCUGAGUUAAUGAUUUUACAGAACCAUCACUUACAUAAUUUGUAUUAAGAAACUUAAACAAUUUUAAUGAAAAUUUUAAGUAAUAUCAAAAAAUGCUUUAAGAUUGUAUUUUGGAAUACUUGUGAAAUAGUAUGACUACAUCAUGUUAAAUAUUUAUUUUCUUUGAUUUUGGAGCAACAGUUGUUUUAAAUAAAAUUCCACUUUUUAAGAAAUUCAGGGAAGAUUUGGUCACAUUGAAGAUACAAUAUUUUUGUAGUAUGUAUAAACUAUUCUAAAUAAUAGACUUUAGAAAGCAUUUUUGUCAUAUGAAGGUAAAUCAGUCCAUUAUAUAGAUCGUUUAAACUCUGUGAGCAUGACACCUGCUGUUUUGAUUAAUGAAGUGGCCCAGAAUCUAACUUUGCACUGAGUAUCCUUUUUACUCACAUUUCCUCUGCCUUAGUCACAUGGCAACAGUACAGAAAAUUCUACCAAACCUCAGAAUAUAGUAGAAAUAAUUAAGCUGUUGAAUGAGUCUUAAAAUCAUACUACUGUUAAGUGGACCAAGUUUGGUGAAGGAGGAAUGUAACAGGUUGAUUAAGGAAGGAACUACUCAAGGACAUUGGGAAUGAUAACUUUUCCACUUGAGAACUACUUUAUGUUUUACUGUAAUUUUUUAAAUUUUUUUCUUUUUAUUAUUUUGCAAAAGAAAAUAGUAUUUACAGGUGGCUUCUUUAAAAUAUAAAAAUAUAAAGCAGGAAUGUAUAUGAAAUGUCAGAUUUUAUUGUAUUUGCAGAGUAUUAGCUUUGAAAUUGAAUAAAGAAAGCUGUUUGUAGUUUUAAAAUGCCUUAUUGGUAUCAAUUAGAAAUUUCUUCUAUUUUUUGAUGUACUUAGAGCUUUUUGAGUAUAGAAUUUUAAAUGGCAGGAUUUUACAGUGUUUACAUGCAAGUGCAUUUUAUAAGUGUUCUAUAUGUGUAAAAUAGUAUUUUCAACUGGAAAAUGGUGGCUAGUACAAAACCCUGGCCUUUUUCUGGUUCCCAUGAUGUUGCCUACACUGAUAGACUCCAGUUUAGUAUUGCUUUGUAUCAUGAGGCCAAGAAAUUCCAUGUUGUUUGUACAUAGAAUAAUUGAAAAAGCAAUAAACAUUUAUUGAACAAAA